AUGGAGCCCGGCGGGGACCACCGGAGCCGGAGCGGCGGCGGCAGGGGCGGCCCCGGGCCAGCAGCGGCCUCGGCACGGGGCCGACGGCUGCCGCCCGCCGGAUCGAGCGGCGGCGCGGAACCCGAGGAGGACGACGGCGGGCAAGAUCUUCAGCUGGAAGGGGGUGCCUUGGGGUCCUGGGGGAGUGCCCCCCUGCCCUCCUCCAGGGCCAGGGGACCGGCAUCUUCAGGCAGGAAAUACUCAGACCACUGUGAGGCCCGGGCCUCGAGGCCCGGAAAGAGCCGCAUCCCCGGCCGCGACCACCGGCGCUACUACCACGACCACUGGCGGCUGGAGUACCUGAUGGACUUCAACCCCGCCCGGCACGGCAUGGUGUGCAUGGUGUGCGGCAGCUCCCUGGCCACCCUCAAGCUCAGCACCAUCAAGCGGCACAUCCGCCAAAAGCACCCCUACUCCCUGCACUGGAGCCCCCGGGAGAAGGAAGUCAUCAGCAACAGCUGGGAUGCCCACCUGGGGCUGGGGGCCUGUGGAGAGUCCGAGGGCCUGGGGGCCCAGGGGGCUGAGGAGGAGGAGGAAGAGGAAGAGGAAGAGGAGGAGGAGGGGGCCAGCCUGCAAGCCUGCCCGCCCAAGGGCCCAGGCAAAGCCCCAGCUGGUGAGGGCGGCCGAUGCCAGCGGCGAGGGGGCCCAGUGGCACCCCGGGCUCGGCGUCGGCGCCUGUCAGCCUCCCGGAGGGCCGGGGGCAGCAGGGGGCUGGGGGCCCGGCGGCUGGAGCGGAGGCUGAAGGAGUCCCUGCAGAACUGGUUCCGGGCAGAGUGUCUCAUGGACUAUGACCCUCGGGGGAACCGGCUGGUGUGCAUGGCCUGUGGCCGGGCACUGCCCAGCCUGCACCUGGACGACAUCCGUGCCCACGUGCUGGAGGUGCACCCCAGCUCCCUGGGGCUCAGCGGCCCCCAGCGCAGCGCCCUGCUGCAAGCCUGGGGAGGCCAGCCCGAGACACUGUCUGAGCUCACUCGGUCCCCACCAGACGACGACCUCGUCCCCCAGGACCUGACCAGAAAGAGCCGGGACCCCGCCCCCACUGCCGGAGCCCUAUCCUCUCAGGAUCUCAGUCCCCCAGACGUAAAAAAGGAAGAGGCUGGCGGGGUCCCUGAGAGGCCCGGGCCGGCAGAGGAGGAGGAGAAGGAGGAGGAGGGCGAGAGGGUGGGGGUCCCGGGCCGGCCGCCGCGGGGCCGUGACCACCGCCGCCGCUACCAGGAGCGCUGGCGGCUGGAGUACCUCAUGGAGUUGGACGGCGGCCGGCGCGGCCUGGUGUGCAUGGUGUGCGGGGGCGCGCUGGCCUCGCUCAAGAUGAGCACCAUCAAGCGGCACAUCCGCCAGCGCCACCCGGGCUCCACACGCCUCAGCGGGCCUGUUAAGGCCCUUAUCGCCCAGGAGUGGAGCGAGCAGGCCGCUCACCUGCUGGCCCUGGGGCUGCCCUGCCCCGAGUCCCCCAGGGACCCUGCCGCCCCCGGCACAGCCGCAGCCUCCGAGGAGGGGGGAGGGGAAGAGGAGGAGGAGCCGGAGGAGGAGUGGUGGGGCGACGUCCCGCUCUCCCCAGGGGAGCCGUCGGAACGGCCCGCGGAGGAAGAGGACGACGACGAGGACGGCCAGGAGCCCGGGGGACUCGCCUUCCCGCCGCUGCCCCCUCCGCCGCCGCCGCCGCCGCCUCCGCCCCCGCCCCGCAGCCGAGAGCAGCGGCGGAACUACCAGCCGCGCUGGCGGGGCGAGUACCUGAUGGACUACGACGGCAGCCGGCGCGGCCUGGUGUGCAUGGUGUGCGGGGGCGCGCUGGCCACCCUCAAGGUCAGCACCAUCAAGCGGCACAUCCUGCAGGUGCACCCCUUCUCCAUGGACUUCACGCCCGAGGAGCGCCAGACCAUCCUGGAGGCCUACGAGGAGGCGGCGCUGCGCUGCUACGGCCACGAGGGCUUCGGGCCGCCGGCUCCGGCGCCGCGCGACGGCGGCGCGGACCUCAAAGCGGGCGCCAUUUGUCGCGCGUAGCGGGCUCGCGGGGCGGCUCGGCCCUGUGCUCGGCCGGCCCUCGGGCCGGGACACCCAGCUUCCCGCGGCCCUGACCGCCGCAGCUGCCCCCCCGCUGGCCGGGCCGGGCGGAGAUAGGAAUUGGGUGGGGUCGCCGGCUUCCGCUCGGUGCCCAGGAGCACCCCCCGGGCCGGUCGGUGCGCUGCGGGAAGCGCGCGCUCGCUUCGGAGCCGGAGCCCUGGCCCUCCCCCGCGCUGGGCCCCACGUUUCCCGAAAGGCCACCUUGGCCCUCCGAGCGUGUGCACGUUGGGUUUCCAACCCCAGCCCCGCGCCGGGCCGGGGUGGGGGUGCCGACAGUCAGUAUUAGGGCCCCAAGAGUUGCGGGGGAGGGCAGGAAGGCCGCGCCGGCGCCGUCCCUGGGCGGGGGCCCAGUUCCCCGCGGAGUUGCACGCGGGCAGGCACGGCCCCCGGGGUCGCGGGCGGCUGCCGCCGGGGCCUCAUUGGUAUUAGCGGCCGCUCGGAGGCCAGGACUGCGGACGAGGGCUUCCAGCGGGGGGCGGGGCUCGGGAGCCCCACCCCCCCGGGCGGCGAGGACACCAGGGACCGCGGGCGGGCGUCCCGGAGGCGGGGGCGGAGCUGGGCUGGGGCUCCGGCAGCUGCGCCAGCCUCCCAGGCGGGCUCUGGGGACGGUGCGCCCCGCGGCCCCUCCCGCCUCCUCCGCUCCUGCCACGCCCUCCCGGGCCCCGAUCUUGUAAAGGGAUUAGCACUUUUCUCCUUUGCUCCUCUCCUGCUCUGAAGGCCUCCGUUUCCCCCUAAACUCAGUCAGGCACUCCUGCUCUAUCGUCCCCGACAGUCCGAGCCCGGGGCACUGGAGGUCCCGGCAGUUGGCGUUCUAUUCCCGUCCCUCCCUGUCCCCCUUUGUACACGGUGGACGUGCCACCCAUUCUCAGCACCCAAGGGCCUGGGGCCGGGCCUCGGCCUUCCUUUCUCUAACCCGCGGCAGCGCCAGGCCCGGUGGGGCCGGGAAGGGGCCCCGCGAUCUCCCAGGCAGGUCCGAGUGGGAUGUGUAGAUUCAUUCUCCUGUGGAGAACAGGUGGCCCCGAGAUCAGGCCCUUUUUGCUCUUUGUAUUUUAUUUUGAAACUGUAUUUAAUGCUUUUAUAUGAAAGGGGGAGGGGCGGGGAGCGAGCUGUCCCAUUCACCCUUAUGUGCAAAUGUCUUAUUUAUUAUACGUGUAUCAGAGAUAAGCUGUGAGGUGGUGGAGGAAGGACCUACAGGAAGGAGUGAGGACAGAGGUGGGGCUGGGGGACCCCAAACACCCCACACUAACGUGUGACCCUCUUCCGGGGCCUGUCCUCAAGCCUCCGGGCCCCAGUGUCUGCUCUUCACAUAGCCAGGCCGGUUCCUUUGGUCUUAAAGCCUGAGAGUGGGGAGGUGAGUGGGCGGACUUGAGGGUUGGGUCUGGAGGUGGAGGGGCCCUGGCACUUGGGGCCAGGGUCGGCCUCUGUGGGUGGGUGGGAAAGCCCAGUGCAAAGAGGAAGCCCUUCCUCAUCCCAGCACCCCCAGGCCAGAGCCCAAGGUUCAAGUGCCUCAGGCCCAGUCCCCUGGACUCUUCCUGAUUGGGAAUUGGAUUUUAUACCAUGGAUUUUAUAGCAUUUUUAUAUAAUUCAAGAUUGUCAAAGCUGGAAAGACCUUGGAGAUCAACCAGUACCUGCCCCCUUAACCCCUUUCCCAGAUAAGGUAGUGAAGUACAGAAACUGAAAUGAUCACACAGCCAGGUAGGAACAGUAUAGAACUAGAAUGGAAAUCCCGACUCCCAAUUCAGUGUUGUUUGCACUACACCACACUGCCUCCCAGUCUCUGUAAAUUCGUACAACUUCUUUUCCCACCAGGCCUGCCAAAGGAUGGCACAUAGCUGGGUGCUGCAGGCCGUUUCAGUGCAGUCGUGACCUGGGGGUGGCAAAGAACUGCACGCCUCCUGGGAAUGAGCAGUCUCCAGGCCACCACAGGCCUCAGCUCCGGGGUUUGGGCGGCAGUCUUCAUCAGAACCCCACAAGUGGGGCUAACACCUGUCCCACGGCCUCUCCAGUAGGGCAAGGGCUCUGGUAGUCUCUGGGUUUUGUUGCAGAUGCCACCAGCGAUUCGGGAAAUCCUGCAUGAGCUGUCGGUUGACCGAAAAGUGAAUUCCCAGUGUGUUUGAAACUCCCAGGGUUUUUGAGACAGUAUUAAAAGCUUGAGAACAGGGAUUGCAGAUGGCACCAGGCUGGGCACUGCCAUUCUUUUAUUUUCCUUCGUGCAUGUUGUUUUCAGAUCCAGAACGAGUAUUUUACCACUUUUACUACUCUGCCUGUUCAGAAACAGUAGGCAAAGUGGGGUGACCUAUUCUGGUCACCCAAGCCCGCUGCCCAAGUUCAGGUCGGCCAGGACAGAGAGCUGGUUAGGAAUGGCUUUUCCCCUUGAUAGGCAGGGAGAGAGGCCUUAGGAAGACAGGAGUCAAAGUCUUUAUUGAGAGGCAGCCCCAAGCACUCCAGGGGUUCUCAAAGUGUGGCCACGGGACCGGUAGCUUCAGCAUCACUUUAGGAACCUACUAGAAAUGCAAAUCCUUGGGCCCCACCCUGAUGAAUCAGAAAUGGGCGGCAUCCAGCAGUCCUUUCUGAGAAGCCCUCCAAUGAUCAUGAAGCUGAAGAUCUAAGCCCCAGUGACCCGGGUGCCACUGUAGUGAUUCCUGCUUUGACGGCGGCCAUGGCCUCUUGGGUUAGGGGUCAGGGGGGUUAGGUGGUCCUCCUCUCUAGGUGCCUCCUCCCUGCCUUGGGAAGUCUGACAUGAACAGGUGAAGUUUCUUCAUGAAGUUUUUGUUAAUGGUAUGCUUGCUAUUAUGGCCAAUAUGUAAAUGUUACUCUGAAUCCAUAUUUAUAUACCAUGUUAGUGACAUUACUCGAACAUUUGUAUGUGUAUUUGUGAAGUUGUUUGCAUCAGUUAUUUUUUAAAAAUUUCAGCCUAAGUUUUCUAAGAGGUAUGUUGAAUAAAUUUUUAAAAUCCAGCUUAAGGGUCAUGGCAGCCUUAGUUUUGGGGGAAGAAAAAAUCUGAAGUGAUAACAGUUCUUUCAGCAAAGACCUAAUGUAUGUAGUUUCCGCUUUCCAUGGUGACUCAAGCACGCUGUGGCUCUGAUUUAUAGGCUGCUUCAUGUUGCAGACGGGAAACCCUCCUAGGUUGGUGUGAGGCUGAACUGGGACAACAGACCCUCUGGCCCCUCCCACUCAUCUUCCUAAGGUCACCUCUCAGAGGGUCUCCGUGAUCUUUCAGAAACCAAAUGCACAGCUUUGCUCUACUAUGGAAAUUCUGCAACCUUGGGAACUAUGACCAGUAUCAACUAGUAGGUGCUUUUUAAAGCCUCAAAAGUGGAGUGGGGAUGGGGGCUGGUGGAAGCCUGGUUCUUACUUUACCCAAACUGUGUAUAAAGAAUAAAGUUAGCAGAAUGACACCGCAGUCACUGUGUUUUUUUUCUUCCAAUUUUUUUAUUAAUAACACAUCAAUUUGCAGUUUUACAGGAACCAAGAUUCAAGUUCCUUAGGUGCUACUGUAUUUUUAUGUUGCACGCACAUACACGCACACACAGUUUCAUUAGUAAUAUUUCACCUAUGGGUUUUUCUUAAGAAAAAAAAAAACAAAAAACUCCUGUGUGGCACAAAGAUCUGUCCAAUUACCUAAAUACAGCAGUAACAAAACAAAACAGCUAGGUGUGGAGGCUUCCAGUGCAGAAGAGGGUCCUUUGGAGGGGAAGCCCAAAAAGUUGAUCAGUGCACUGACUUCCUGGGAGGGCAUAAGAUAGGAUGGAGAAUAUGUUUCUGACUCCGACAUGAAAUCAGCUUAAAAGUUCAAAAGGAAAGAGGGCUAAGAAAACAGGAAAAUGGAGUAAGGCAAGGGUACCUUUUACCCAUCUAAAUGCUGAAGUAACUUCUCCAAAACAGUAGAAAGAAAA